AUGGUAAAAGAAAGCAAGUUUUCAUACAAUUCUAAAGAUGAGAAGAAAUACUCGUUGGGAAAGACUUUUAGGGGUGACAUCUUCAAUGUCCCAGAGACGCAUGACAUGGUAAGAUCUUUGUUUGAUCCAACCGUUAAGAAGUCGGUGAGCGACUACCUAAUUGUUCUCUCCUUGUUCAUAAAUGGGAUUGUCUAUUAUUACUCUCCAGUGACAUGGCGUAUUCCGGUUUUCAUCGUCCUGUAUUCGUUCUGGAGGUUGGGAUAUAAUCUAGGAAUUGGCAUCUUGCUUUAUAAGCAGUCCAAAAGCCACUCCAUGUUCCAUUGGUUGAAACAAAUUCAGAUCAAUGGAGGCUGGGCUAAAAAGUUUGUUGAGUUAGAGCUUUCUAGCAAACUGAACGCUCAACAGUUAAACAGCGUUCCGGAUGAAUUCAAGACCUGGAUUGUGUUUAGGUCUUUGGUCAACCUUAUUUUGAUGAAUGACUUCACUACCUAUAUGUGCCUCGUCUUUGCCUGCAGUGAUGGUGCUUUUAACCAGUCUUUAUCUCUCAUCUUUUUACGAUGGGUGCUUGGUAUCAGUUUCUUCAUCUUCAACAUUAUUGUUAAAUUGAAUGCCCACCUCAUUGUAAAGGAUUAUGCUUGGUAUUGGGGUGAUUUUUUCUUUAGAUUACACAAUAAUGAAGAGUUGAUUUUUGAUGGUGUUUUUGACUUGGCUCCACAUCCAAUGUACUCAAUUGGAUAUGCUGGUUAUUACGGGUGCGCCUUGAUGACUAAAUCUUACACAGUACUGAUUAUGUCUAUCUUUGGGCAUCUAUUACAGUUUUUGUUCCUGAACUACGUUGAGACGCCUCAUAUUGAGAAGAUUUAUGGAGACGACAACUUGUCAGAAAACACUAUUUCCGUCAAUAAGAGGGAUGAUAGCGUGUUUAUUGGUACUGGAGGAAAACCCUUAGUGAUGCUAACGAAAAACUUCAAUUGGCUGAGAACAAAUGAUAUAUUCACUGUCGUAUUAGCCCUUUAUGCCAGUAUUGUGCCUAUAUUUUUGCCAGCUUCUUACAAUAAUUCUAUCAUAAUCUUGGCAAUUGUCGUUAAGAUAGGCACGUCGUUUGUACUGAACAGUGUUUUAUAUUUACAGAGCAGGUUCAAAAGUUGGACUUUGAGUUUCAUCAAGAAUUAUGGAACUAUCAAUAUUUCCAUUCUAGAUAACAAAGAACUACUUGAGAGGCUGAGUUUUCAGAAUUGGACCCUGUUACAGAACAACACGCUUGUGCUUAACUACUCUAUGUUGUUCACUAUCUCCGUAAGAGAAGUUAUGUACAAUGAAAAGUUUUGGCAGACAGAAUGGUUACCUCUCCGAUUUAUCCUGGCGGCACUGAUGAUUUUAGGUCAGUUUUUAACUGUGCAUCAAAUGAUUGAUUCUAUUGGCUUGUUUGGUUGGUACUAUGGUGACUUUUUCAUUGGUGUGUUGUCUUCUCACAAAAGCGAAGUCACAACUCUUUCAAGAAGCGGUAUCUACCACUUUCUAAACAAUCCAGAGAGAGUCACUUCUAACCUUACAGUGUGGGCAUUGUACUUACUGUUUAACAACAGUAACAAAAUUUUUCUAGUCAUUGCACUGUUGUUUACUAUGAACAACUUGAUAGUAUUGAACUUUAUAGAGAAGCCUCAUAUGGUUAAACUCUAUGGCGAACAAAAUGUUUUGAAACACACUUCAGGAAUUGAGAAAAGUAUCAAUAGCUUGUUUCUUCCAAACCAUGUUCAGGGAACUAUAGUUAAGCUAAGUGGAUCUAUUGAUAAGGUUAUUCAAGACUCUUCCAAAGUCAUCGACGAGUUCAUCAGGAAUAAACACAAUCAGAAGCCAAAAGAGUUAUCGUUGAAGAAACGUAGAAACAGUUUCCAACAGGUCAUUGAACUUAUCAGAGGAAGCACUGAUGAUACUCUUACGAUCAACCUGCAGGAAUUGAAUGACCAGGGUCAACUCCAGCUUCUGAACUUACUGAGAAAAGAUGAUACCGAUUUCUACAACUUAGGUGAUCCAAUUAAAGUUGAGUGGAAUAUGGAAGAUCACAAAGGUAAGGACAAGGCGUGGAUUGGCUUAUACAAUAUCUUUCAAACCUCUGAGACUCGGACAAAAACUCUCGUUUCAUCAAAGGGGUAUUGGAUUCCUAUUCACAGGGAAAAGUAUAUUAACUUAUCUGACAAGAUUAGGAAUGAAGAAGACUGCAUUUUGGAGGACGAACUAAAUAGAGGAGUUGUUCAGUUUUCCGCAGAACUACUUCCCUGGGUUCCGGGAACUUAUGAGUUGAGACUUCAUGCUAAUGAAAAACAUGAAGUCUUAGCGAUAUCGAAACCUUUUGACAUUGUUGUGAAAAAAAUUGAUGUACCCACCAGUGACGACAUAGGAGACGAACGAUUGGAAGAUUUUGCUAAUAAGCUUUACCAAGGAUUUGUUAGCAAAUUGUUUCCUGCCGUCGAAUCAAUAGAAGAUGAGUCUAAUUGGUUUCUGCAAAUGCACAUAAAGGAGAAUGCUAGACAAGUAGAAAAGCUUUGCUCCACUUUGAGUCAAAGCUGUGGGGUCCACUUAACUAAGAAAGCUAUUGUUGAUGAGAAAUGUUUGAAGGAUCUGAGUUUCAAGAUCUCCAAGUUGAGAAAAAUGUUAGAUGAAUUGAUGUUAUAG